ACCGACAAAAGAUUUCAACGCCCGGUAAAGCGCGAAACCCCAAUUUGUUGAAGUCAUCCGUUUCGGAAAUGGCUCACUUUUCGCUUGCCUCUCGCCGUACGAUGACUCAUCCCUCCCUGUUUGCUUGUGUGAUCAUGUAAUCCUCAAGCUUAACGUUCACGCGGUCAACUUUUGUCGAUUCCAAGCACAACGAAAUGUAGCGUAAUAUUCCACCCAUGCCCUGUCUCUCUUAAACUUCACACAUUCGGCUUCGCCAUAACCGUGUGUUGUCUGUGUGUUAGUGGUGGAGCAUGAUGUCAAUAAACCCUACUCAAUUAAAGGAUCAUACCCUAUUUGUGGGGAUGAAAUAAAGAAGCGAUCGAACACGAUCGAACGCAUCUCGCGCGAUGGUAGUGAAAGAGAAAGUACGCUACAGUGUUCGAUCUGACAUUCACAGCUGUAAGAUCCCGGUGAUGGGUUCCGUGCUAACGAUGGAUAAGAUUUUUAACUCAUCCAAAAGGGUCAAAGACACACACCGUCUCAGCUUGUCAUGUGUGUUUGCGUGUAUGUGCGUUUCCAUGGCUAAGAUGCAAUGGCUGGGCAGUGCGGUCGUUCCUGCAGAAGUUUUCCGCUCGUCGCAUCCCGCUGAAAAGGUAAUGUCAAACCCCAAAGUCUGCUUUCUUCGGUUACGGUAAUUUUUCGUUUUUUUUUUGUUCAUAGCUUUUUGGUUUCGGUUGCGGAUCUUGUAACCGGGUCUCGUAUGGUGCACUUGGUGCAGUCCGAGUGGGACAACCGUUGAGGUGUGCGAGCGAGCAGACAAAUCGUAGGAGUAGAGGAAGGUAAACAAACGUACCGCCGCUAUGGAGGGAUUCGUCUCAAGGGAGACCAGCCCUGGCCGGGCGGUGGGGUUCUAUAAAACAAUCCGGUUGGCGUUGGCCGAAGUCAGUUCGAGUUGUGAAGUUUGGCCGGAAUGGUAGAUCCCAUUCGGCAGUGAAAGCAUACAGCGAAGUGAAGCGCACACGUUGCAAUAAUUUGGAACGAAAAUUUGCCAGCUUUCGAGCGUGAUCGAGUGAACGACGCAAUCGAAUGAUCACCGAGAGUGAGAGUUGGAGUGUAUCUGAGGACGAGUGAACAAAAACAAAAAAAAAAACACGGUAGACGAGUGAAUAAAGUAACGAAUCGUGUGGUAAUAAUUUGCUGUUUAAUACGCUGCACCGUAACGAACCGUUAAGACGACGGUUAGUUGGAACCUAGUGGAAACAAUAAUUACGGAUAAAAAAAGAGUCAACAGUACAAUGAGAUUGCUUAGAUCCACAGCACUUUUGGUAGUGCUGUCAGCGGUUGCUGUCAUUGGCGCGGACGAAUGGGGCUGGCUCCCGUUAGAGGAUGGACUACAGGGAGAGAACAAAGUUCGCGAGAAGCGACAGGAUAUUGGAGUACUACCCGCUGCCCAGCAGAACGUCACCGAGGUCGGCGAUGAGGACAUACUGAACUUUAUACUUGAUAGUGGUCGCCAAGGUCGCAGCCUCGAAGGGUUCGAUGAGGUGUACAGCGAUCCGUCAGUACAGGACGCGCUGCAGAAUGCUGAUGAUGCGCAAGCACGUAACAUCAUCAAGGACAAGCUCUGUUCGCUGGGUUUGAUGCAAUGCGAAGGUGGUGAAUCGAUCGAAGGCAAGCGCCCAUACUAUCCGAUCUACGCGCAGCAGCAACUACCACGUCCUCGGCCACCUGUACGCAGUCCUCCAGGUCCUCCACAACAGUACCCGCAGCGUCCUCCACUACCACCGCAGCAAGGUUUACCACCGAAACCACAGCACCAGGGACCAUAUGGACCACCGAAACCCAUGCCUUUGCCGAACCAUGCGCAGCACAAGAUCGGCUACGCCGGAUUUCAGCAGCGUCCACCUUUUGGUGCAGCUCCGAAUUCUUUCGCUGGUCCGAACUAUGCCUCAGCCUAUCCUUCCAAGCCGCUGGGACCAAUUUACGAAGGUGAUGCUCCACCGUUUGAUUUUGAACCGAUCGGAGCUGGGGAUAAGAUUUACGAAGGUGGCCUAUCGAAGCCAGGCAUCGUGCUAAAUGAUGGACCGCUGGUUAAGCCCGUGGAGCAACACAUUCACCAUCACUAUCAUCAUAUCGAUGGUGCGGCCGACACGAAGACGGUUGUCGUGAACAAUCCCGUACCGGUUGCCGCUUCCGUUUUAAGUGGUUCGGCCGUAGUUGGAGGAUCUAGCUCAUCCGGAUUCAAUUCUGCAUCCAGCAACGGUCUCUACUCUGCCGGUAGUGUUUACGGUUCUCAGGGACUAUCUGGCAAUGGAUUUUCACCUCUGACUGCAUCCGAAUUUGAUUACAAAGAGCUGAAGGGCGUCAACAAUAACAAUGGAUUUGGACAGUCCGGAGUGUAUGCCGCUCAAUCGAAACCCGUUUUCGAGGGAACGUCGUCCUCGUUUGGUCAGGGAAGUGGUCAGAGCAGCUUGUACAACCAGGGUCCGGCUCAGUUUGGUAGCAACUCGCUGUACAGUGGCGAAACAUCGGCCACCUAUCAAGGUGGUAACGGUGGAGGUUUCCAUUCGUCUAAUCCAGCUCUCUACAAGAAAGAAUUGAACGUCAAGGGACCAGCCGCUUCGAAUGGUUUGGGAACUUUUGCCGAGAAUAAUUAUAGCAAGUACAGCCAAUACAGCAACGGACAGUAUGCUUCUAACGGAGGACAGUUUGGUACAAAUGGAGGCCAGUUUGGAGCGAAUGGAGGACAGUUUGGAGCGAAUGGAGGACAGUUCGGUGCGAACGGAGGACAGUUUGGCUCAAACUCUGGACAAUACAGCCAGUUCGCAAACGGCAAUGGUAUUGAGGAUUGUGUGUGUGUGCCCUACGAUCAGUGCCCGGCUCAGGAUGUGAUCGGUCGCAAAGAUGAUCUGAUCCUACCGCUGGAUCCCCGUAAUCUGAAGACUGACAUUGAAGCCGCAGCUGACGAGGUAGUCAUUACUGAUGGAAAUGGUACGAUGACGGUAGUACGCGUACCAAAGAAUGCUACUGCCGAACCAGAGACUAAGACUAAGAAGAUUAGCAAGCGUGAGGCAGCGGAAGGCAAAUCGAAUGAAGCUAAAAAUAAGGCCAACAUUGAACCGCGUUUGUUGGGUGGUAGUGGUGGCGACAAGAAGGUAGUGCCCACAUUUGGUGUAUCGUUCGGUUUGCCGUACCCGUCCGGGUAUCCGCUCAACCCUUAUGGUCCCCAUCCGGCUCCGAAUCCGUAUUUCGGAUCGCUCAGUGCGAAUGGUUUGAACCUGGGGCUGAUAAACGUCAACCCGCUCCUGUCGCUCCAGGUGACGAAAGACGAUGACGGUGAGAAGGUGCUGAAACCGUUGGUCAACCUGCAUGUCACACCGACGGAGAACAUUGUACAUAAGAUUGGUGGUCUGCUAGCGGCCAAAAAGCAUAACAUAUAUCACGUGUUUAAUCAACACGAACAUUAUCACUCCCAUCCGGGUGGAUAUCCUAGACCGCCGCCAAUCUAUCAUCCCCAUCACGUCCAUGGUCCACCGCCACCGUUCGUUGAUGGGCCAAUCCUUUCCAAACCCCCACAUUUCGGUCACGGUGGUCAUCCGGAGCUGAUCUACACCAAGCCUCCCGGUCCGAUCUACAGCGGUCCGGGUCACCAUUUUAAUCGACCACCUCCAUUUGUCGGAGGACAUCCACCAUUUGGGGGCCCCGUUGGUCCUAACUUUGGACCACCGAUUGGGCCCGGUUUUGGACCAGGCGCUUUUGGUUCGAGGCCACCAUAUUUCCGUGACGCUUCGUCCGUGGUGAAAAACGGUGAACAACUCGAUGAGUAUGACAAUGUUGAGUUAGGCCGAAGCACGAACGUUACGUUUGCUGGUGAUAGCACGAAUGCUUACCGUCCGGCUGGUAACUUCAAGUACCAGUCCGUUUAUCCACAAAACGAACCGAACAGCAUCAAUGCCAACAGAGCUCAGUACGGUCGGCAGUACCAGAACUAUCGAAAUGAAAACGAACAAUAUGCGGACCAAUCUAACGCUGUACGACUUCCACCCUCCGUUCCGACCCAGAAUGUGCCCACACCGGCACCGGGAUAUUCCGAUGGUAGUCCUAUGAUCAGCUUUCCAAGCAGUCGACGCCGGCGACGGGCCACAGACGUCAGGGUACCGGACGCACUGGAAACAGAUCAGGAAAUGGUGGAGACCACGCUUAAGCAGGUCGAAGAGACAGGUGAAUCCUCUUCCGUACAGGAAAAAUCUUUCUCUACAGAAAAGAGACAAGCGUACUACGGCCCUCGUCCUGGUCAACAGCAGCAGCAGCAGCAGUGCAGCGGACGUCAGGUUUGUUGUCGCAGACCAGUGUACCGUAAUCCAGCACAUCAGAAUCUGGGCAAGUGUGGUGUAAGAAAUGCUCAAGGUAUUAACGGACGCAUCAAGAAUCCGGUGUAUGUCGAUGGAGACAGCGAGUUCGGUGAAUACCCGUGGCAGGUGGCCAUCCUGAAGAAGGAUCCGAAGGAAUCAGUGUACGUGUGCGGUGGAACACUGAUUGACAAUCUGUACAUCAUAACGGCAGCUCAUUGUGUAAAAACAUAUAAUGGGUUCGAUCUUCGCGUAAGACUCGGCGAAUGGGACGUUAAUCAUGACGUUGAGUUCUACCCCUACAUUGAGCGGGACAUAAUCUCGGUUCAAGUGCAUCCAGAGUAUUAUGCCGGUACGCUGGACAACGAUUUGGCCAUUCUGAAGAUGGACCGUCCAGUGGAUCUUACCAGUGCACCGCACAUCGCCCCAGCGUGUUUGCCGGAUAAGCAUACCGACUUCUCCGGACAGCGUUGUUGGACAACCGGUUGGGGCAAGGAUGCGUUUGGCGAUUACGGCAAAUACCAGAACAUCCUGAAGGAGGUAGACGUACCGAUUGUGAACCACUACCAGUGUCAGAACCAGCUACGCCAGACUCGACUCGGGUUUUCGUACAACCUGAACCAGGGCUUCCUGUGCGCCGGUGGAGAAGAGGGCAAGGAUGCGUGCAAGGGUGACGGUGGUGGCCCAUUGGUGUGUGAACGGAAUGGUGUUUGGCAGGUGGUUGGUGUAGUGUCCUGGGGCAUCGGUUGCGGACAAGCGAAUGUGCCCGGUGUUUACGUGAAGGUUGCCCACUACCUUGACUGGAUCAAUCAGGUCCGUGGACGGUUCUAAAGGCCAGCGAACUCAGAAACCCCUAUUUAUUGACCCCACACAGAGUAGUUAUGUAGAGUUUAGAGUACUAACAAACGAACAGUGAGCUGAUCGUAUGCUGAAUGAGGUGCAGCACCGAUUUGCUAUCGAUAUAACCAUAUUUCUGUCUACUUCUUCAGCUGAAAUCAGUGCUAUCGGCGGUUCAGCUGGAGUUAAAGUGUACGAUGCUAUGUGCAGGCAUUCGAAGAGUAGGAACGACUUUUUGCGAGAUUUGCUGUGUAUGCGUAGUAUUAAUGAACAUCAAUGUUCUCACACAAUGAAAAGGAUAAAUUAUUCUAUUUAUUCUGAGUUUUUGUAA